CCAGAGGCCCAUUUUCAUGAAUAUGUAUCAUUCCGGGGGAUAAAUUCUGUGUGGCAAAGUCUCCCCCGAUCUGAAGAACCAGGAGAGAUCCGCAGUGAGUGCGAGCUGCAUCCUACAUUUCUCCCGGUGGCCUCUCCUCUCCAUGGCCCCCCUGGCUCGCACCCUGGCACUGCUGGCAAUGGCCAUGGCCACUGUGGCCAUCAAGGAGCUGCCCCUGGACAUGGCCCCGAACUCCUUCGAUGACCAGUACCUGAAAUGUAGGGACACCAUGCCCGAGAACCUCCUGGAUCUCCAGCUCUCUGACUUCUGCGGGAAUAAAAUGUUUGCCAAGAACUGGAUGAAGGCCGAGGCCAACUGGGUAGUGGAGGGGUCCAUUCCACACUCUCUUACACCAGACGAGGCCAUCGCCCUCUGGGCCUACACCAUGAAGGAGUUGCACUUGUACAAGCAGUUCAAUGAGGCCGUGCGUGUGGCUGGAAGCAGCAAAUGGAAGUACUGGAACGAAUUCCACUUCAAAUCGCUGCAUUUCCUGCUGACCCAGGCCCUCCAGAAGCUGAGAAACCCGAACCAGUGUUAUGAUGUGUUCCGGGGGGUGAAGAACACCCGGUUCAAGGUGAAGAAAAACGACAAAGUCCGCUUUGGUCAGUUUGCGUCAUCGUCAAUGAGUGAAGAUGUGGCCCAGGAUUUUGGGCAGGACACGCUAUUCAAGGUGCACACGUGCCACGGCGUGGACAUCCAGGAAUUCUCCAAGUAUCCCGAGGAGGAGGAGGUGCUGAUCCCACCCUUCGAGAUCUUCAGUGUAACUGAUGUACGCAAGGAGGGGAACACGAUGGUCAUUGAGCUUCACUCAACCGGGAACGGCAGCAACUAUGACUGCGAGUGGCUGAACGGUGGGAGCCUCCCCAGGAACUCCCCCCACCUCGGGGGGCUUCUCCUGGCCACCGUGGCCAUGGCAGUGGUCACCGGAACCAUCUGAGCCACGAGGCCACCAAGGUUGCUGUGAUCUUGGAGGCCACUGUGGCCACCAUGCCCACAAAUGCCACCAGGACCUGCAGAGAAAUGAGGUCACCAAGGCUACCGAGGCCUCUGUGGCUGUUAUGGUGACUUUGGCCACUGUGACCAUUGUGGCCAUUGUUGCCACUGUGGCCACUUUGGCCCCUAGGACCA